CAGGCAUUGCGAGAAACACAACUCGAGUUGCAAGAACUCAAGGAUGUCAAUAAGGAGUUGACGGAGGAGAACAAGAUCCUCAAGGCAAACCAGCCGAAGCGGAAGAAGAAGGGUCAGAAUGCCUCUGAGGAGCACAUGGCCUUCGACGAAGAAAUCCGCUUAUGCGGUCGCAAAUAUGGUGCCUGCUACGAAAUGUUUGCACCAGACAGGCAACUUCUUCAGCGUCCCAAUCCUGCAUUCGCUCCACCUCUCAACGAACCAUCACGCUAUGAAACGCAGGCCUCAGCGGAGUCAGCCUUGCUCGCAGAGCUAUUCAGUUUACUCCCAUCGCACAUCCACCCUCUCGUUGCGGAUAAUCACUUCGCAGAUGUUUUUGAGGAUGCAAUGAACAGUAGCCGUGCAUCCGAAAUCAAGAAACUGCGCUCCAAAGCUGGUCUUAUCUUUGGUCUCUCUGAACAGUAUUUCGCUGAUAUAGCGUAUGACCGAGCAAGUGUACCUGAGAUCCAGUGUCUCCUCGGUACCUCUACAUCCCAGCGUAUGCCCAAGCCUUUCCCGCCCGUCCUUUUCCCAAAUCUCGUCGAAGAUCCAUCGCUGAAAACGGUCUUUGGAAAUUGGGAACUCUUCGGCAAGGCUAUCCGGAUACUGCUGUGGGGUGAGAACGGCUUGACUGCGCUACGAGCAGGAGGGCCUCCGCGAAAUGGUAAUAGGUGGGAGGUGACAUCUUUAACGCCUGGUUUGUUGGCGUGGGUGGGUGUAGUUGUAAGUUUUUGUGUCAUUUUCCUACUGAGUGCCGACAAGGAAUUUCGCUAUUCCGGCAAGGGCGAGAUGACGAAGAUCCAGUACAGCUAUAUGUUCACCUCAUAUAAGAAGAUUCUUGUCAAGAACUGGAACACGGAGUACACACGCGACAUUGUGAAGAAGCUGAAUAAUUAUGUCUUCUCCAGAGGUUUGAGAACAACUAACUCAAUGUCAGAUGAAGAGGAUUUCACUGCGGCUAUGGAUCGUGCCUUAGCGGGUGUG